UAUACAUAUAUUUAACACAUAUACCUAUAUAUUAUACUCUUACUACAUAUAUAAUAUAAUAUACAAUUAUUGAGACUAAAUUAAAAAAAUCUUUUACCCUUGUGGCUAAGUUUAGUGAGAAGUCUCUUAGUGUGCAGGAAUGCAAAAGGACUUGUACAUGGAUAGAGAAUAAAGCUGAAAGGUAAUCAUUAAUAGUAAAAGGUAUAUGUAUACACAGCAAACUAAUUUGCCAUCCAAAACCUGUGUACACAGUACACACUGAUCUUACCAUUUUAAAAUAUAGAGGAACCGCCAUAUAUAGUGGUAUAGCGUCUCUACAGGUCACUUUGCUCCUAUAAAGUCUCUCAACCCAAUUAAUAAAUGAACUCAUAAGUCAAAAACAAUACUAAAAUAGCAGUUCAUCUCUUUAACUCUAUUUAGCCAAAAAAAAAUUGUUUUUAUCUCAAAACUCAGUUCUGAAAAUGGCACCACAACGUCUUAGAAAUAUCAACAGGUUUGAUAGGAAUAGGUUUGUUUCUCUUGAAGCCGACGAAUGGGAAAAGGAAGCAAUGCAAUAUCCUCUCAUUGAAGAACGCGGACUCGCCCUUACAGAAGAGGAUGAUGAGCAGAUUCAACCUGUGCUUACUGAAAUUGAACCACGUCGCUGGACCAAAUUUGCCCGAAAUCCCGGACCGGCAGUGUUAAUGCUUGUACGAGAAUUUUACUCCAAUAUGGAUGUAACAACUAAUGCUUCCACUGUUAGGGGACGUACUAUCUUCUUUGCUCCAAGCGUCAUCAAUAGGAUGUAUGAAACCCCUGAUUUGGAAGAAGAAGCCUUGCAAGCUUUGCUUUGCAAUCCAGUUUGGGAUGACGAGAUUGCUCCAGGUCUCUGCCCUCUUGGAAUUGAAUGGCAUGUUGAUCAACAUGGGCAGCGAGAUUGGUUUCCGACCAAAAAUCUCAGUUUAGUAGCGAAGGACAAAUGAAUUGUCAGCCACCACCACAGGGAAAUCAAGUUUUAUGCGGAGAAGUCGCAGCUGAAAUUGUCCCACAUCCAGGUGCUCAAGGUAAUCAUGUAGUUGAACCUGGAUUUGUUGAUCCAGCAUAUGCGGGGUGUGCGGAUAUCGAAAUGGAGUUAGAGCGGCCUAUUGGAAUGGCAUCGGGAGCAAGUGUUGGUAGUGGAAUGAACUCUUCUAAUAUCGUUGAUGGAAAUGGUGCCAGUAGCAGUACAACUAAGGAGUAAUACCCCCAAAACCCCCCAUCUUGAGUCUUACAUUCGGGACAAUGUAAGAUUAAAGUGCAGGGGAGGUAACAUCAGUAACAUCUUUUUGUGUCCUUUGUUUGGUCCGAAGUCUUAAGUUGUUGAAGUUAGUUUUUGUGGAAGAAUAUGAAUGUGGACUAUAAGUGAAGGAGUAGAGGAAAGGAUCUCUUUGGUUUUGUUUUUGUACCUGCUCCUUCACAUAAAGUCCACAAGGUAGAAUUAGCUAGUUUUCUGAUGCAUAUAAUAGUCUAGAGAUGCAUCUAUGUACUACCCUAUAUAUAUAUAUAUAUAUAUAUAUAUAUAUAUAUAUUUACUGAUGCAUAUGUUAAUGUAAAAAUGCAUAAUUUUGUUAAUAUAAUGAUGCUAAUAUUAUUAUUAGUUUAUUAUGGAGAUGAAUGCUUAGCAAGUACUGUGAUUGGUUUCCUUUUGGUUUUAACUGUGAAGGUGUGGAUUGUUAGAGGUUAAUCAAUUAUUAAGCCAAAAUUUGAGGUUUCUUCAUCUGCUAAGCCUG